AUCGCGGACGCGUGUGUUGUUCGCGCUACGUUUUUCGAAGCGACUUUCAAUUUGUGUACUCUUCGAAACUAGUAUUCAUAAAACUUUGCCGUUCUAUCUGUGUGCAAUUUGUGACGGACUGAUGGAAAUUUAGUGUUCGAUUAGUUACAGUGCUUGUGAUAGCGAUACUGACGUGCCCAGUUCGUUGGCGUCAAUCCACUAAUUCUCGCGAGGUAAAUGCUGAGAACUAUACGCGCAAGAACGAUCGCAUACGUGGAAGGAAACCGGACUGAGGUACUUUGCGAUCUGGGUGUGAACCUAGAUACUUACGCUGCUGGUGAUUCUGUGCAAUCAUUAAUAAACUAAAUAGUUUGUUAAUUUUGAUAAAUUCAGUGCAAUAAAACAAAACAAGUUGGUUUUCAGUGCAUAUGACAGGAUUGAAGUGAUUUUUAAACAAAAGUGAAGUGAAAGACAGACUCACAUUUUGUUAUGUUUAGUUAAUGAAAAUAAGUUUUAAGUGUUUAUAAGUGGAUAAUUUUAAAUUGGAAUGACUUUUGGAUUUUAGUACAUGGCAAUCGUGGCGUUGACCCAGUAAACAGAGAAAUGAACGAACUCGGGUGCUUCCUUUCUCACCAAGCAGGGUAGCCGUCGUAAACAGGUUUCCAGCAGAAACGGAAAUCGUAGCAUGGAUGUUUCUUUCAACAAUGUUCUGGAAGGGACGCGCCAGUAUUUUAUGGGAGUGCCAAAAGCACAAGAAGGUUCAGGACAAUCCAUGUGGCCAUCGGGAACUCCGCCAGAAGAAGGCACUCCAGCAAUGUCAGGGGCACCAGCACCGUCAUCGCGCCCACCGUCCGCUGCUGCGGCACCACCAUCUACGCCGACACCAACACCAGUUGUAGUUCCUCCACGCCCACCUUCGGAACCAAUAGAACCCGAACCACAUAUAAUACAUAAGGCUACUGUGAUGCGAGAAGCUGCAGAAAAACGACGUGAACAGCCAGAGCCCGAAGAUGAAGAAGAACCAGUUGGCGCUAUUUCACCACCUUCUCAUAUUAUACGCAAACCGACAGCACAUACAUUACCGUCGCCAGCUCCAGCACCUGCGGCACCCUGUCCUUCGCCAGCAAGGCCACCUUCGACAGCUCCGUUGCAACCACCUCAGGCACCGGAACCCAUAGAAACUCAACAAUAUCGAGCUCCGGUACAUCGAGGUCAAACUCCGACAAUAAGACCUAUCGAAGAUUUUGUGUCCGGUCGCCCACCUGAUCCAUAUCCUGCCAGUAGAUCAGCAGAUCCAUAUCCUCGCUAUCAAUAUGAAACCUCUAUAGCAGACAGUAGUAGGAACUCUCACGGACCUAUAGUUGCAUCCCCACAACCAUCAACAAUUUUACGUCAAAGCCCUCAAACUUAUGCACGUAUGUCCAGUACAAUGACACAGCAUACUAUUCAACGUUUAAAUGACACUAGUGCUUCUAGUCCACCAGCGCAAAGGUAUGUUAUGCAGCCGCAAGCGCCACCACCUCAUAACGAUCGCGUUCCACCAAUAUAUCAUCCUCAGGCAUUACCUCCAACUAAACGCAUUACAUCUUCUGGUGGUAUGUAUGCAACAUUACCACAGCGUCGUGAAACCACCGCCUCCAUCUCGCGUACUUCACAUUUUGAGAGACAUCCAUCAUUGCCUCAAAGAAAAUACGAUCCCCAACAUACGUAUUCGGGAUAUCGGCCUACUUCGUCAAAUUUGUCUCAUAAGACAAAUCACAGAAUGGAACCCAUCCAACCUUUACCAUACAAACACAAUGUACCAGAUACAAUGAGCUCGCAUUAUUCCGUUAGAUCUGAUCGGACUCCUGCGCCUAUACCACCACCACAUCUACACGAUUCAAGAAUUCAAGGUCGCGUAGAUUAUAUAAAUAAAAGUGUACCUUUAGAUUCAAGAAACAGUUACCAUUAUCCUACACCUUCUACAUCUUCUACAAGAUAUCAAAGUGCAUCCGUUCCGAUAGUUCAAAGUAAUUCGUCGGUGCCCGUGCGACCCCCGUAUCGGCCAGCCGUUGCACCGAAAACGAACUAUGCCUACACAGCCACAAAUCAAAUACAGACAUCUCCGUCUCGUUCUACUAUCAAAUCUGGAUAUCCUAAUCAACAAGCAAGAAUGACUGUGUCAGUUACGUCAUUAGUAAACGAAAUGAAUCAAACAAAACAAAAGCGAGAGUCACCAUUAGAUCUCUCUGUGAAAACAGUUAAAAAUUCGGCUGACUCUUCUACAACUCAAGAUGAUGUCAUCGAUUCCAUGUCCAUGGAAAAUAAAUCUUUACCACUGCAACCUCGAUUAACAAAUAAUAGACAUGUAGUGACUGAUCGAUUAGUUUCAUCGCAUAAAGUUGAUUUUGCGCCUGAUUUUGCGCAAUAUAGGGAGCGACUUCGAUAUGGGGCAGCUUCUCAACAAUGUCACUCACCGAUUCGAUAUAAUGGAUCGUAUGAGAGUGCUCGAUUAAUAAGUGAUAAUUAUCCUACUGAAUCUCGUCACCAAGUUUAUUCUGAACGAGCAAAGUACAGUAGUUCAACUAUAAGUCGAAACGACUAUGUUCCUCGAAUAGAUCUUACCAGACCUGUGAAUGAUGAUAGAAUACGAGAAGAUGGCAAAGUAAUUGAGAGAAAACGUAUAGCAGGACCCGUUGUUAGCAACAUUCCAGAAAAAAUCCCCAGACGUGAUGCUUGGCCAGCUGAUAGUCGAGGGGAAAGGCUUAAUCAAUCAGCUAGGGAACAGCGUGAUCUGAUGAGCCGUCCAGUUUACGACUACACUAGUCAUAAAAGAUUUGAAACUUAUCAACAUGACAUCAAACAUCCCAUACACGUUUAUCAUGAUAGUCAUGUGAAUGUGAAUCCAGCUUAUUCUAGAAGCGCAUAUCCGGCAGAAACGUCAAGGGAGGUAAAUGAUUAUCACGCUCACUACCAAGAUAAGUAUUUAUCGAAUCGACAUAUAAUACAAAAAAUUCCAGGCAGAGACACACUUCCUCAACAUGUAGAUACCCCAGGUACUUUUCAACAUUCAGAUAAAAAUGUUCGCAGUCUCCUAAGGAUUAGCUUAGAAACAAGACAGUCUGCUAAUUUAGAAAAUGCUAAAUCUAAUACAUCAGUUCCUGAUCUCAUUGUUAUAGAUGAUGUAGAUGAUUCUGUGAUAGAAAUAACGGACUUAACUAAAGACAAUGAUCAUGAGAUAUGUAACAAAAAUAUGUCCAAAGUUGUUCAAAAUAAAGUGAUACCAAGUUUAGGUAAUCACAUACAAAUGCCCAAAGCCAUAGAUUCUAUACCAUGUGAUUCAGAAUAUCAACGAUUUGAUAGCUAUGACAACAAAAGUAAAUCGCCUGAAAGUGAUGUCGCAUCUAGAAUAAGAACUAAAGCUGAACUCAAGGUUAUGCCACCAUCACAAGACAAUUCUAUUAAAUUAGAAUCACGUCCAAGUACACAACUCAACAAUAAUGAAAAGGAAAAAGUGCUUCCAAAAUCCCAGAAACAACAUCUAUUUAAUCAAAUUCGUGAGGAUAAUUUACGUUUAGAAUCUGUCAUAAAAAAUGAAAAACCAAAUGUCGAAGUCUCUUUAGCGGAAGUAAAAUCAGAACCAAUGAAUAUAGAAGAAAUAGAAAAAGAUGCAGUCAUGUCUAUUAAAAGUGAAAUAAACCUUGAUAUUCAUGAUAACAAUCCUAUAGAAAACGUAAAUGAAAGUGUCGACGAUUUGGACAUGGAUUGGGCUACUGCCUGUGAGAGUUUUGUUGAACAAUUAAAAUCUGGAUGUCAUAAAAAGAAAUCCAGAAAGUCCGAUACAUUGGAUAGUAAUGAAUUUGAAUUAAAAAAUAGCAAAGCUAUAAGCGAGAAUGGCAGCCAUACUUCGGAAAGUAUUUUAAAUGAAAUACCUUUAAUUAAUAUAAAGCAAGAACCAAUAGAAAAAGAAGAGAGUACCAGUUUAAUUGAAGUUCCUGAAGAAAUAAUGGUAAAAAACAAGGAAGAUACAAAAAAUAUAAAAAGUAAGCCUGAUAAAAAAGUUGAUAGGCAUAGCGAAAAACCUAUAAAAAGCAAAACUCAAAAUAAAAAUAAACAUAAAAGUAAAGGUGAAUCGACAUCAUCACCAUCUAUAUCAAUAAAGAAAGAAAAAGAUUUAAGUGUUCCGCUAAAAACAACUAUAAAAGAAGAGUCUGAAUCAACGGAUGAUGACGAGCCUUUGAUUAAAAGUAAAAUUUUAAAAGAAAAAGAGAGACACGAGCAAUUAAAAUAUCAGUUACUCAAAGAUCUAUCGGAAAAAUCUGCUAUCGUGAAACUCGAAUGUUGCGAUGCCAGUACAAGAAAAUCUUUUGAUUCUACAACCAAAGAAAAGUCAGAUAAACCUAUUAAGUCUAAAGCAACUCGAUCCUCAGUAAGAUCAAAAAAUAAAGUAGUAUCUGUAGAAAAUAUUAAGUGUGAGGUAAACGACGGGUCUAGUUCUGAAAGUGAGGAAGAUACUCUAAGCAACAGAUUAAGAACUCGAAAAAAUACAAAAACUGAAGAAAAAUCACCGUCCACAACCAAGACAUCUGCCAAAACUUCUCCGUCUAAAAAAUUAGAAACUAGCAGUGCUAGUAAUAGUUCAACUCCAGUUAGAAAAGCUGGCUUUGGCGAUGGAUCAGAUUUUCACCCAGGUUGGGAAGAAGAACUUUAUAGAUAUAAAAGAUCACUACGGAUGCCUACAAGGCUGAUAGCCAUUCCAAGAGGUCGCUCAGGUGGUCCUUUUGGUAAAGGAUCGAAUGCUCAUUUCACGCGCGGUUCUACUUCUCUCCCAGAUUUAGAUCCUAUGCCCUUAUCUCCGGCACCUUCUUCCGCACCAUCUGCUGCCACAGAUGAAUUGUAUAGACGUCCUGAAAAAACUACGUUGGACAGCGAUUUAGAAUCAAAUUCUAGUUAUUCAGCUCAUAAUAGGCUUCAUUACGAUUCUGAAGCUUCGACGUCAACCGUACUAUCUUCGACAAAGCCUAGAAAGAGUGGAAGUUCUAUCGUUGAUGUUCUUAUUCAAAGAUGUGGAAAAAGAGAAGGCUCUAAAAAGCGAUCAAAAGACAGAGAAGAGAAAACGCCAAAAAUGUUAUCAAAAUCUUCAAAUAUUACUGAACUUUUACCCACCCCGAGCUUAGGUCUGCUUAAGAACGGUCAUAAGGGUAACUUAAGUGGCAAGAAAGAAAAAGUUUUAGAGGAUAUAUUUUACUUAGGGGCUUUUAGAAAAGAAACUGUGACUGCCUUUAGAGAUGCAUUCAUCAAAGAUACAGAUGGAUUAAUUGGUGCUACUGAGGAAUUUGCUCCCUUAAUUCUAAAAUCUAGAACAAGAACAGAAAGUCGAGUCUUAAAGCAAAGAGCAACUAUAAAAGAAGUAUUUGGUGAUGAUAGGCCCGCUUCUGCCCCACCAACAUCUUGCAGAGAUGACUGUAUAGAAGAUGAACCAACAAUUGAAGUUAAAAAAGAAAAUGAACCAAAACCCAAAUUGAAACCUAAGAUAUUAAAACACAAAUUAAAACGAAGGUCCAGUUCUAUCAGAGAUGGCCUUAGAAGUACUAAAUCCUUAAAAGGAAAUGAUGCUAAAGGGCGAAUGAUGAGAUUAAAAAAACGAAAUAGUAUAAUGAAAUCUUUAUCAGGCAAAAGAAUGAAAGAAAUAUCAAAUAAAGUGAAAAAGGAAAAAAGCCCCACACCGGAUGAAAAAAAUAGUUCAAAAGAAGAAAGCAGUUCCAUAGCUAAUCCUGAAGGGACUACAAAAAGGCGAUUAAAACGCUUAUUCGGUAGAAGAAAAUUGAGUUCGGGGUUCGACUACAUUAGAAAAAAGAAGAAAGUUAUACGUAAAGAGGAGAAUGGGAAUAAAAUUCGUCGCCCGGCGCCCAAACCAUCACCAGAAUCCGUCCAUGACAUACAAAAAGAAAUUAAAGGCUGGUUUAUCAAUAAAAGUAUUGGAGAAACGCACCUUCACCGGGCUGCUAGACUUGGCUUUACUGAUUGCGUAGCUUACUGCUUAGAGAAAAUGGAAUCCGAUCCUUCAGCAAAAGAUAAUGCUGGUUUUACCCCAUUACACGUAGCUGCCGCAAGAGGCCAUGUGAGGAUUGCUAGAUUACUUCUCCAAUAUGGUGCUAAUGUUUCUGCGGCCGCCCAAGGAGGAAUUAGACCUCUUCACGAAGCGUGCGAGAAUAGUCAUAUAGAAGUCAUAAGACUUUUAUUAUCUUAUGGUGCGGAUCCCAUCCUUGGAACUUACGCUGGACAAAUGCCUGAAGAACUAGCAGAAGGGAUGGCUGCUAAACUAAUACACCUACAUAUAGAAGAUGUUCAAGGACGAUCCCUCGAUCCAUGGAGGUUCCCUCCGCCUACUGAAAUUAUUGAUCGAGAAGAAAUUGGUUGUGAGCCAUUAUCGUCGCCGCCGCCAGCAUCACCACCGCCGACUCCAGAUGCUACAAUGGAAAUUCAAUGUACCGAGACUCCUCUGCCACCGUUUUACAGUCUACGAACCGCAACUGGUCAGCCUGCGGAUGGAUUGUGGUGUUUAUUACAAGACGUUACCAAUAUUCUACAGAUUAAGUCAAAAGAAUCUUUACUCAAACAAAUACACUGUGGUUCGGGUUCGCCUAAAGAGCUACUGCGUGAAAUACGAACCCAAGAAUUCCUAGAACGAGCGCAAUGCCAUCAACUUCUGUGUGCUGGAGAGAAAGUCAACGUGCGCGCUUCUAAAGUCGCUUUAAUACGGGUCACAGAUAAACUAAGACAGCUGUUAAAAAUUGAAACAAUUCUGGUCAGCUGACAUUAAAACUCUAUUCCUAUAUUUAAAUCGAUAUAGUCAAUUAUCGCAUCGAAAUUUCAAAUCAUCACAAUUCCUUGUAAAGCAGAAUGUAUGAUGAUUUAUUUCUGAACAAAAUAUCCUGAGAGAUUCGAGAUGUAACUUAUAAGGCAGCCGUUAUAGUAUCACAUACGACUGCGUCGGAUGUAACAUAUUUUGUAUUGUACCUAUUUAUAAAUAAAUAUUAUUGUAUAUAAUGUAAAUUUAAUCGCAAUUGUAAAUAAUAAAUGUCGCUUUAAAUGUAAAAUAUUCUCAUGGGUGCUAUUUAAUGUUGGUGUAUGGUAAUCGGUUAGUUAAUUGAAUAUGAAAAUGUGUUGCGAGAAUAAUAGUUAUUAAUUUAGAAAUUAAAAAGUUAUAGUUACCAGAAACUAAUUUAAUUGUAAGACUAGCAUAAUUUAGAUUUGAUUGUGCAAUAGUAUACGUGCGUGUUGAACGCGUAGUAGAUGAAUUUCUAUGAAAGAUUUGGGAAUUAACGUUCGCAACAAUCGUUGAAUUGAUUCUAUUUCACUUUAGAAAAACUAAAUAUCAUACUUAUGUGUAUUAAAAGAGAAUACCACCAUAAAGAGCAGAUUGAUAUUAUGUAUGUUAGUGACGUAAUUAAUUUAUGUGGAGAUUUUUGUUAAUUUUUAUAAUAAAUACCUUUUAUUAUUAUACUACAUUACUACUACUUACAAAAUAAUUUGCUCAACUUCUUCUUAGGAAUGAUUUGACGGUGAGACGCUCCAGUGGUUUUACUCAUAAACAUCACAAUGUUGUUAGCAACAUAGUAUAAUAAAAUUAAUUACUUAAAAAUAUAAUAUAUCAAAAUAUUAUAAUUCCUAAAAAUCAUAGGCCACUUUUUAUCACAGUCAUUUUUUUAAAGUGCUAUAUUUUUGUUCUUUGUUAAGUUUGCUAUUUUUGCCGUGUAAUAUUUAUUUUCUGUACAAUUAUUCCAUAAAUAUUAAAGUAGUGUUGUUAUUAUUAGUUAUAUUACGGUCCAAUAAAAAAUAGGAAAAUUAUGAAUUCAUAUAGCAUAUCGAAAUGAUAAUAUUGUACAUAAGAUAAACAAAUUAUUUUUUAAAUUAUUUUAAAAGAAAUCAAUUAAAAAUAACAGCUGGCAUCAAAUGUAUAAUUUAUUUAUUGAACAAUUUAGCUUGCUAUGACGACUAUACCAAUAUUUUAUAAAAGGAUACGAAUGGAUGUUCCAUUACACGUUAGACCACACAUGUUCCGCCCUAUAAUUUUUAUGGAGACAAGAAACUAAGAAGUACACGAUAAAUCUGUGAUGAACUAUUAUUAGGAGUGUAAUGUUGCGUGCGGACAAUGCUGAGAAAUUUCAUAGAAUGUAAUUGAUGUUUUAUACGAUUGUAUACAUUUGAUUUUGUGUAAUAACUAUCAGGCUUAGACCUUAGAUUUACCUUUAAUAUAAGUAUUAUAAUGAUUAAUGACACGAUAUUUCUUGUUGGUAAAAUACAUAAAAAUCAAUAAAGCGAACAAUCAUACUGAA